AAUGGGCCCUGCUUCUGCUUGUCCUGAAUCUGCUGCUGCUGAAGUGUGGGAGGAGCAGCCGGCCUUGUCAGAGGAACCAGUGAUCGGUGGAGAUGAGCUCAGCGGACUGGAGACGGCCCUCAAGGCAGAGCGCGAACGUGAGGAGGCGGAGUCUGGCCUGGGCAGCCCGUCUCAGGAGACGUGUGGAUCUGAAGGCGUGGCGUUCAUCGGACUUGACGGUUUAUGUAGCUCUCAGCAGGCAAUGUCGUCCUCGUCACAUAGAGCAGACCCUGCUGAACUACAACUCCCAUCAGCCCCUACCAACAAGGAAGAGGAGUCAGGAGGAGAGAGCGGGGACAUGCUGCACUUCUGCGCACGCUGCGGCAGCGGCUUCAGUUCCACAUCUGACCUCAUGAAGCACUCUUGCCCUGCGGCCGAGGAGCGGCCCUAUCAGUGCUCUGUGUGCGGGAGAGCGUUCGGCCACGCCUGGAGCCUUAAGAGCCACGAAUGCAUCCAGGCGUGUGAGCAGCCGCACCACUGCGAACUCUGCGGCAAACGCUUCACGCACUCGCGUUCCCUCGAGCGCCAUCAGCUGGUUCACACAGGUGAGCGGUCUCAGCUCGGGUGGAUGCAGUAAAAGAAGAAAAUCUGAAGUUAAAAUCAGAGAAUCAGGUUCUUGGGCAGUACAUUGAGAACCUCAUGUCGGCAUCUAGUGUGUUUCAGACCACUGACUCCAAGAGCAAACGGAAGUAAGAGAGCAUCCCUCGUGUAGACGGCAGCCCCACACAGAUAAACCCUUGCCAUAUCAGCUCAUUUAAAGUUCCCAUUAGCAUUCAUUUGAUCCUUAUGCCACUAAGAUGGUAAAUGUUUACAUUUAUUUCAUUAUCAGUAUUUAUGUUUG